AUGUGCAAAUGGACCGACGAGUGGGGCUGGGAAGAGGAGUACUGUAUGCCAACAUCUUGGGAAUGUCCUGUGACCUGCACCGCGGACCAGAAGCGCUGCUAUUUGACCGACUUCAAUGCCUCAGGAUAUCCGGAGAAGUACUCUGAGAAGUGCGUGGCUCAGGCCCACUUCAAUCUAGGGCCUUCUGAAUCUGAGAUUUUGACCUGCACCUCUGACUGCUACGACCCCUGGUUCGAUGAGAACUAUUGCUAUCCGUUGGUGGAUUUCUGGUCAGGACAGAAGAUGAACUGCCCGGUCUACUGCCAAGACAACGAGGAUUACUGCUACAUCCCCAGUUAUGACGCACGUGGCGACUGGAUCUCCUUCACAGAGAUCUGUGUUCCGCAAGGCCAAGCCUGUGACUGUUCCAAGGGGCAAAAUGCGUUUGCUUGUACCUGGAACGAUCCGACGUGGGGCUCAUGGACUGAAUGCUUGCCCACCAGCGGCCCUAACUCUUACUGCCCCUCCGACUGUCCCACGGGCGAGGUGGCGUGUGAUCUGGUGGAAGACUACUUGCCGAACGGCACCUCUUUGGGCUUUGUGACUCCUUCUGUGAAGUGUGCCACCAGCCACGAAAAUUGCCCCUGUGGCAAAGAGGCGGAACGUUGCCCGAACACGGGCUGCAUCUUCAAGGACGAGGGCUGCCCAGUGACCUGUGGCGCCAACGAGAAGAAAUGCUACUUGUCCGACUACACGGGCAACGGAGAGUUCAUCAGUGACCGAGAAACCUGCGUGACAAGACAAAAUAAGACCGGAGAGGUUGCUGCUGAUGCCACUUGCCCCUGUGGCAAGAACACGGCCAAGUGCGCCAACACCGACUUGUGCUUGACGACAGCUGAAGCAGCCAUUGUGUGCCCCUGCAAGGCCCCUGGGCUUGCAGGCGAGGCCACUGGCUUUACAACUCAAUGCGUCAAGGAGGGCCAGUCCUGUCCGUGUGGCAAGAACACCUUGAGCUGCCCUGACCCGAAUGAUGCGUUGGCCAAGCUGUGCGCGCCCUCCUUCAACACGAAGAAAUGCCCCGAGCCCUGCACCGCCGAUGCCAUCGCCGCAGGAGAAUCCAUGCCACGAACCGCAGCGGGGAACAUCACGUGCGUGCAGACCAACAUGAACUCCCAGGGGAAGUUCAAGUCGGAAACGGUCACUUGCAUUGGGGCCAACUCCACUUGCCCAGCCGGAGAGGGCAUGAAGAAUUGCUUGUCGGGGGCGACCAUUUCGGUGAAGACGGCUUGCAUGAACCUGUACGCCACGGGCACAAACACUCGACGUUUGACGUCCAGCAGCACCGCAACCCGGGAGACUUGCAAUGCCAUUGUCACCAUGACCAGCUUGGGCCACUUGGGCGACGUACUCCAGAUUCCAAGUGGUCUCAAGACCACUUUGGCUGUGAAGGCUGCAACUCGUCGUCUGAAAGAGAAGGAGCGUGCGCUGAACUCUGGAGGGACCAUCAUCUACGGCAUCGACAACCAAGGAUUCGCGACUUCAGUGAGUCCUUCACAGGUUUGCGAACAGUUGAAGAAGAUGGUGAAGAGUAGCAACCCUUCCUUGACCGAGGCCGUCAGCGGUGUGGGAGUCAUCAACGCACAGGCAGGCGUCAAUCUGGAAAUCUCCUCUACAGCUUUGCAGAGUCGAAGCCAAGCCGCCAAGGACGUGAAAGCCGCCCAGGCUGGGGUGACGACCCGGACCACCACCACUACGACCACGACGACCGCAGAGACAACGACGACCACGACCGCAGAGACAACGACGACCACGACCGCAGAGACGACGACCACGGGGACAGGGACCACAUCGACCACCACGACUACGCAGGGAGGAGCUGACUCCACCACUACGACCACGACAGGGUCGGUGUCCACCGCGGCCAACUCCACGAGUGCGACCGAUCAGUCCACCACGUCAGCAUCGACGCAGGCGAUCACUGAAGGUGAAGGUGGCGUGGGCAAUGGCGCAAUGGGCGGACACGUCUCGCUGAUCGCACUGCUGUUUCUGGGAUGGGCAGUAUGCAAUUGAUGGAGCUGAUUGCCGGUACUUCCCAGCGGAAACUACUGAAGCCAUUUUUCCCACGUGCUGCGCAACACGUCUUCUGCCAACGUAGAAGAUGUGACAGGGCACGUGUGACCUACUUGUUUGGACCUCCUCGGUCCAAUCUGUAGCUGGGUCAGCAGAGCUGCGAAUCCAUGCGAAACCGAU